CAGCCACCCAUUAUGGCCUCCAGUCUGUCCGUGAGGAGUUUCUCCAUGAGCCGCCAGCCCUCCUUCUCCAGUCGUUCCCUGAUGGACAGCGGCCGCUCUCGCUCCCGCGCCUCGGUGUCCUUCGCGGCGUCGAGCCCGCUGACCCGCUCCGCCUCCAUCGGCCAGGAUCUCAACGGGCCGACCGGCCACAAGCUCAACGGCCUGCACGGCAACAGCGCCAACGAGAAGGAAGCCAUGCAGAGUCUCAACUCCCGCCUGGCCAACUACCUGGACAAGGUGCGGUCACUGGAGCACUCCAACGCAGACCUGGAGAUGAGGAUCAAGCAGACCAUGCUCGACCGCAUUCCCAAAGGUCACGACGUUGAUUCCAUGAUGGCUCAGGCUCAUGCUGUAGAGCAAGAGGUGAGGAAGAAGACUUUGGAGAACGCUCGUCUCAUGUUGGAGAUCGAUAACGCGAAGCUGGCUGCUGACGACUUCAGGAUCAAGUGGGAGACGGAGCUGGUCAUGUGUCAGUCUGUGGAGCGAGACUGUGUUGCUCUGAAAAAGGCCAAAACCGACCACGAGCAGAUCAUCGCCUCCCUGAGAGGAGACCUGGACAGUCUGAAGGAAGAACUUUACUUCCUCAAGAAAAACCACGAGGAGGAUCUGGAGGACAUGAAGUCUCGUCUGGCCAGAGACGAGGUGACCGUGGAGGUGGACUCUGCCACCGGGCCGGAGCUGGGCACCAUUCUGUCUGACCUGCGUUCCCAGUACGAGGGCAUCGUGAAAAAUAACAAGGCGCACGCGGAGCAGUGGUACCACAAGAAGCUGGAGAAUGUGCAGAACGAGGUGAAGGAGAGCAACGAGGCUCUGAGAGACGCUCAGAGCGAGCUGACCGAGCGGCAGCGCUUCCUGCAGACCCUGGAGGUGGAGCUGGAGGGCCUGCACAAACAGAUUGCUGCACUGGAGGGCAACCUGGCUGAGACCGCUCACAAAUACUCCGGAGAGAUGGAGCGGCUGCAGGCCACCCUGAGCCAGCUGGAGGACGACCUCUCCCAGCUCCGGCUGGAGAUGCAACGCACCAAGACCGACUACGAGCAGCUCCUCCGCAUCAAGCAGAACCUGGAGAUGGAGAUCGCCACCUACAGGCGCCUGCUGGAGGGAGAGGAAUUAGUCAAAGAGAUCCCUCUUCUGAAAAAGGAGCCUGAUGUUCGCACCAGGAAGAUCGUGAAGGUGGUGACUCAGACGAUGAUCAACGGCAAAGUGGUGGACGAGUCCAGCGAGGUGGAGCAGAUCGAGGAGACCAAGAAAUAGAAUAAACCACAGAGAGUAGGAGAGGAAUUUGAUGUGGAACAGAAAACAAAAGGAGGGAAGAGGGGAAAAGAAGAUUAAGAGGUUUGCUGAUGAGGCAUCAGCAUCGUUUAACAGAAGAGUUAUCGUUUUGAAUAGGGAUUUUAUGGGAUGAAUUACUCCACUAUGAAUGUUUUCUGUUUUCAGAGACAAAGAGGUUGACAGUGACAACCAAAGUUAUUUCUGGAGAAAGGUGCAACUACAAAUAAACCUGCCCUGUAUUACUCUAACUACUGCAUAGCUUUGCAUGCCUAAAGUGAUUUUUGACUUUAAAUGUGCGUGAGAGAGGAACCAGUGCUACAUCUUCAUACUGUUUCUCUUAUAACAUGUCGUCUACUUAAACAAAAAUAUUUAUUUCUUAGUGUGGUGAAGUUUACU